AUGGCCGCCUUAGGAAACAUGUCUAACGCGCCUGAGAGAUUCGAGUUAUUCAUUCUUGGAGAUGGCGAGAAGAAGUGUACUGAGGAAGCUGAUACGCGCACCCCCAACUCCUCGAUUUUUACCUUCAAUAAAGAAGACCACACUCUCGCCAACAUGUUGCGUGCUCAUUUAUUGAAAGAUCCGCAUAUUAUAUUUUCUGGUUAUAAGAUUCCUCAUCCCCUCUUUUCCAAAUUCGAACUCCGAAUCCAAACUGAUGGUGAGAUAACUCCCAAGGAGGCUCUUGUCGCCUGUUGCCGUAACUUGGUAUCCGAACUUGAGGUUUUCAGCCGCGAAUUUACAAAGGAGUUUGAGUUACGAAAGAUGGUCAGCGGUGACGUCGCAGCUGCCGACAAAUAAUUCAUUACAUAAAUGGAUCACUAUCUGGAAUCAGGGAUUGAGGCGUUUUCGGCAGAGGAAGGGAGGUAGUAUGGCGCAAAAUGGUAUGGGGUUUUGAGGUUCCAUCAUGAUUUUGGUUGGUUACAUGGAGCUACACAGUGGAUAUCUAAUUCCUCAGGGAGGAAUCCCCGCCAAUUUGUUUGCAUUGACAUUUAAGUAUUUCAGCAAUCGCAAGAGAUAUGUUUCCUACACUGGAUCGUCUGUGAG